CUGCGCUGUCAAACUGUCCAUUGCUUCCUGGUGGGGAUUGCUUACACCGCCUGUUGCUGGAGAUGGAGAAAAGUCAGGAAAAAGUGCAGAGGAAACCUAUUCGCCUCAUUGCUGCAGUUUGCAACAACAUGGGGCUGGGGAAAGACGGGACCCUGCCCUGGAAUUUACCGUCUGAAUUCAAGUACUUUCUGGACACCAUCGCACGAGUGUCACGACCAGGAAACAUGAAUUUGCUGGUUUGGGGGCGACUGUGUUGGCAAUCCCACCCAGAACAUACGUUUCCAAUGGCCAACGCUCUGCAUGUCGUGCUUAGUAAGACACUGAGCUCAGUCCCAGAUCAUGCCCACUUUUUGUGUCAAGACUUAGAGAGUGCUGUGCGCCUGGCUACUGAGCCCCCUCUCGCUGACAUAAUAGAAACCAUCUGGAUUAUUGGUGGGACGCAGGUCUAUGAGGAUGCACUGAAGCACCCGUGGAGUGACCUGAUUUACCUGACAGACGUGAUGGCCGAUUUUGACUGCGAUGUCUUCUUCCCCGAGUUUGACAGAGAAUUGUUUAAAUUACAGGACACGUUUCCUGAUGUACCAAGUGAAAUUCAGGAGGAGAAUGGGAUCAAGUUCAAGUGCCAAGUUUUCAAGAGAGCGACUGCUGAGCCCCUGUAGAGGGGGAUGGAGGAAGGGUUGGGGAAAUAGAUCUCUACCUUCCAAGUUGAGAACUUGAGAAUACUGUCAAAUUCUAAACUUGUCAGUAAUAAAAAAAAAAUGGUUUUGCCAAAGCUUGUAAAGCUGAUGGAAUAACCUAAUAUGCAGUGAAAGAAGAAUAAGACUUCAACUUCAUUGUUAUUACACUGUCACAAGUACAAAUCAACGCUGGGAGCAGUGCUUGAACUCUGAACCUCUGGGAUCCAAGCGCAAUGCCCCAACAACUAGGCCACC